GUGAGACGGACGCGUUUGGCCGUGUCCUUUACCCGAUCGCGUUCUCAUAUUACCGCACAGAUACACGGACAAUUUGCCCGGGCUCACUCACUUCCCCCCAAAAAAAAAAGGACUCGCGGAACGUUUCGGAAAUCCGGGGGGACCGCGUUGUGAUAAAAUCAGUGCUUUACAAAAAACCGGCGAAUCAAAAAUGUUCUUAUGCGAAACCAAACGAGUGUGAUCGAUCGUGUAGAAGCAGGAUUAUUAUUAUAGUUAGUUUAAAUGUGAUUAACAGGUGGUAAAUCGUGUGCCUUAAGUGUCUGCGGGGAAGUGAUUUUUCGUAUCGUAAAUAUAUGCAUUAGUAGUAACCGUAUAAUAAGUGGCGGUUUGCGUAAACGCCGCGGAGAAAAAAGAAAACAAUCGGCGUAAACAACGGUCGUCGUAGAUAACAGCGGUUUUGGUUAGUUUACGAGCGCGUCGGCGUUGUCGAUGCCCGCGUAAUCGGUCGUUCACGUCCCGAUAACGUAAGCCUCCUUGGCGAUUAAUUUGACGUGCGAAAUUCUCUAGGAAAUCGCGCCGCCCGCCCGUUAACUUCCAAUAUUCGGGAGUGAAUAACCCGUAGAGUUCAAUGCCUCCGCGGCGCCUCGUCACGGAAUAACCGCGUCCUCCGAAAUCCAGAACCGGAAUUAACGCAGCCGACUUUUCGAUUCGAAUAUCGGUCCCGUUCGCGAACGUAAUUUCAAAGAAAUCAUCCCUGGUUACGCGCCCCACGACAAUUAAGAAGAAGUACUUUAAACUAACCUAUAAAUUCCACGAUUGUUUGAAUACGCAGAAAGAGACUUAGUUUUAAUUUUAAUUGUUGCCGCAAAAAGUCACAUUUGCAGUGAUUUUAGGUAUUUUAGUCGAUCUAAACAAAACUAUCCAUUUGAAGUGGUUUUAAUCUAUAUAACCAAAACCAACCGCCUAUUUAAGUUUCGCAAAGGGUCGAAUAUUGUGGUAGCUUAAUAGAACCUGGAAACUAUUGUCGAAGGUCCAAGUUGAAAUUAAAAAUCGCUGUAAAGUUCUUAUAUUUCAAGCAUACCAGGUAAACUGAAGUAUCACAUGCUUUGCAGAUGAAAUUGAUAUCAAAUUCGGAAAAAAAAAACGGAUAAGUAGACCCAGAUUUAGUUUUAAUUUUAAUUUUUGCUUUGAAAAGUGGCCUUUAAAGUGGUUUUAGGUAUUUUAAUCUAUAUAACCAGAUAUUUAAGAUUCGAAAAAGGUUGAAUACCGUGGUAGCUUAAUAGAACCUGGAAAACAUUCUAAUCUAUAUAACCAAAACCAGCCGUUUAUUUAAGAUUCCAAGGUUGAAUACUAUGGUAGCUUAAUAGAACCUGGCAAACAUUUUUGAAAGGUCGAGUUGGAAUUCAAAACCCGUGAGAAGUUAUAUUUUAGGUGUACCAGGUAAAUUCGUGCACGUGCCAAUUUGAAAAGGAAAUUGUUGUCAACACCUGUUUGCGAAUAACAGUAAACUUGCAUAUUCUUGUUCUAGUAUUUUAUAAACUACUUCAGACUUUCGUGGUAGUUGCACAGAGCCGUAAAAUAAUGCAUAAACUGCCGAGUUGCAAUUCAAACUGCGUAGGAACUUCUUAGAUUUUAAGUAUACCAGCCGAGUAUUACGCGCACGUGCCAACUGGCAAAGGAAAUUCUUGUCAAAACCUGUUUCCAAACAACAACAAUAUACGAUUCCGCUUUUCUUCGCAAUACGAAAACCAGGUAUUAAAUCGUUUAAAUGUUACAGGAGGCUUGUUCUUCACACCUCCCUUAAGGCCACGUGUUUUUAUCCUCUCCUGUAUUAAAAAUUUAAAUCGGGACUCUUAAAUUCAAGCGUGGAAUGCUAGCUGUCGCGUUAAAUCUCGGUUAAAAGAGUUCGACGAAUUUUUGGAGGUUAGAAUUCACACCCCGUUAGUUACCGCGGAUCAUGGCCCUCUCGUUUAAAUCCACCGGCGUAUAAGGGCGUAGAACGAGAGAGAAAAACGUCGGAAACGUAUCAUCAUGCGUCGCGUUAUCUCUGCGCCACAUUCGCGCAUGUUGCCUAAAAUUCUGAAGGUCAUUAACCGGCCGAAACUUUUAACUCGAGUUUAAUGAACUUUUAUUUACCUCCUCAAAACCCGGCUCGUAUAUAAAGCGAUAGGAUUAUUUUUAAAUGCGUGUAUAUAUAUAUUUUUUUUGUUCUCUCGCGUCUGGGUCGCUAUCAAAUAUUACGGCUCGUUAUCGGUACCAGCAAAAUAAAGAUUAUUUAAUAACAAUGUUUUUAUUGAUCGCCGUUUAAAUCGUGCGAGGCGGUUUGAGUGUCAAUCGGUUGAGAUGCCGGUUGCGUGUAUCUCGGGGCGAGGUCGUUGAACUAUGUUCGAAGAAAUAUUUUAGUUUGUUAAAUUAACGUUGCUCGUUCGUCGUAUAUUUUUUUUGUUCUUCGCGGCGUGUUUCGUUUUUUCGCAGGCACCAUGAAGGUAUUCGUCCCGAAGUCGUUUUUGUUUUUAAAAAUCACGAAGAACGACCGUGUUAUUCGCACCUGAGUGCGCUGCGAUGAGUGUGGAUUACGUCAUACGGUAAGGGUGGUGGUGGGUCGUCACGUAGGUGGCUGCGGCAAGACGCGGCCAUGCGCCCCCUCUGCGUGCAAGGGGGUAAACGUAGGACCUUGGCGAAUUCGAGUGUAUUUAAAACAUGGACAAUUUUCCCGAACUGUUUAACGCGAGUGAUAAUUGGAGUGUCGGGGGUGGGGAUACGAGUAGCGAGAGGGAUUUGGUGAGGCCGGACACUAUUUCGUCGGUCGGCUCGUCGACUCCGCCCCCGCAACACGUCGACGACCGAGGAGAAGACCGGAAAAGUGCGAACUCGAUUAGAGCACAAAUCGAGAUCAUCCCGUGUAAAGUAUGUGGAGACAAAAGCAGUGGUGUACAUUAUGGGGUUAUUACAUGCGAAGGGUGCAAGGGCUUCUUCAGGAGGUCACAAAGUUCGGUAGUGAACUAUCAGUGUCCGCGGAACAAAAACUGUGUAGUCGACAGAGUCAACCGCAACAGAUGCCAGUACUGCCGUUUACAAAAAUGUCUACGGUUAGGCAUGAGUCGCGAUGCCGUCAAAUUCGGUCGUAUGUCGAAGAAGCAGAGGGAGAAGGUAGAAGACGAAGUUCGAUUUCACAGGGCACAGCUGAGGGCACAAAAUGAUUCGGCGCCUGACAGUUCCGUUUACGAACAGCAGACACCGUCUAGUAGCGAUCAGUUACAUGCACCUUUUAAUGGAGGAUACGCCACGUAUGGAAACGACGUAGGGUCCUACACGCCCACUUAUUAUCCUGGUCAAACUCAGGUGCAGGCGAACUCCAUGGGCUACGACAUAUCCGCGGACUACGCCGUAGAUAGCACCACUACGGUGUACGACACCAGACCGGGUAUCGACGCUCUGAGUGACACGGGGAGUCUUAUGACGGCGAAUGUCGUAACUACAGGCAAUACUAACGCAAACUCUGGGGGUGGUGGGGGAGGUGGCGGUGGCGGCGGCGGCGGGGGCGGGGGCGGUGUCAAACAAUCCUCGUCCCUAUCCUUUAAGCGUGUCACUCAAACAUCGGCGGCUAAUCUAAGCGGCGGCACCGUGAUCUCUAUAAAACAAGAGAGUUCAGCCGUUGACAAUCUGGUGCCCAGUUACGUGGACAGCACCACUUUCGUAAAUUCCCCGAACAUGCAACAAACUCAACCGGCACGACAGCAAAGCACAUCCCAACAGCACGGGGGGCUUCAGGAGAGCUCUAGGUCUGUUGGGGAUGAUUGCGAGCCGGUCACGUUGCCCAAUCCCAGUCAAAUAUCGGAACUGUUGUCGAAAACGAUAUCGGACGCACAUACCCGUACAUGUUUAUACUCGAUCGAACACAUCCACGAGAUGUUCAGGAAACCACACGACUACUCGCGGUUGGUGUACUAUAAAAACAUGGCGCACGAGGAACUGUGGCUGGACUGCGCGCAGAAACUGACCACAGUCAUACAGCAAAUCAUCGAGUUUGCCAAAAUGGUACCUGGAUUCAUGAAACUGUCGCAAGAUGAUCAAAUCGUCCUGCUCAAAGCCGGGAGCUUUGAACUGGCAAUAAUACGCAUGUCCCGAUACUUGGAUCUGUCGCAUAAUUUCGUUCUCUACGGCGACACGAUGCUGCCCCAGGACGCGUUCCUCACGUCGGACACGGCCGAAAUGAAACUCGUCACGUGCAUUUUCGAAGUGUCGAAAAGUCUGGCCGAACUGAAACUGACUGAAACGGAGUUGGCUUUGUAUUCCGCGUGCGUGUUGCUAUCACCCGAUCGGCCCGGUUUGAAGGGAAUACCGGAAAUCUCACGGCUCAGUCAGGCUGUCCUCAAAGCUUUAAGACUUGAACUGGACCGAAGUCACAGCAUCCCCAUUAAAGGGGACGUGACUGUUUGUGCUGCCUUGCUUGCUAAAAUACCUACCUUAAGAGAAAUAAGUAUGCUUCACAUGGACGCUCUGGGUAAGCUAAAGCGAUCCGCUCCACACCUGGACUUUCCGGCUUUACAUAAGGAGUUAUUCAGCGUGGACAGUUGAAAAAUUUCCAUGAGGAUUCAACUAAUGCGGCAGCCCUGUGUAGCUACUAUUCCUUAAAACUGAUGUAUCGGCCUUACAUAUAUAAAUUAUAAUAUAAAUUAAAUUAUAAUUUUCGUUAUUGUGAAAUACUAAGGAAAAAAAAUAUUGUUGUGAAAUAGAAAUCGCAGAUCUCUCUUUUACUCGAUGGCCGUUUAAAAACCGCAACGGACUGUGAUAAAGGAGCCAGGCCCUGAUUUUAAAAGUACAACUUUCCAAUUGUUGUCUGUUAAAUAUAUAUGCAGUGAGUUUAAUACGGUGCUGAAUAGUUGUUUUCAAAUUGUCUUAUUGCGGUUUUUCAGACGGUGUCGUCUCCACAUAUCCUCCGGAUUAUUUUGCGAAGUGUCUUUUUUUUUUCCGGUUCAACCAUACAAAGCAAACGAAAACCAAACACCAUUGGCGUUACAGACACACUUCACGUAAUAUUAAUUCUGGAUAUGUGGCUUGUUAUAUUAUAAUCUGCCAUUUAAAAAGCUACUACACAAUUAUAAUGAAAAAGAAAAAAGUUCUACACUAAUGAUAUAUACGUCUGCCAAUUCUCAAAAUAGUAAAGAUUCGAAUCGGUUUAUAGGUUUUAGAAUAUGUUUAUACAUAUUAUAAAUACGUAUACUGAAUUAUAACAUAUUUAUAAAAUCACUUUAGUUUUAGACGAGUAAACUAGCUAAAAUACAAUACAAUAUAGAGAAGACUGUAUGCUUAAAUUCGGUUGAUCUUUACUAUGUUCAGGAGUGGCGGUUUUUUGCGUUUCAGAUUUUAUUUGGGACACAUGGUUUUAUAAAUGAUAUAUAAAGAGAUGUAUAUGUAAAAAGUAUAUAAUGACAUAGAAUAUAGAGUAUUUAUAAAAAUAGUAAACUACACCUUAUCCAAUUUGAAAAUUCCGCUUGUUCGUUCUUUUCGGUGUGCGAUAUCCUAAGCAAUAACAAACCAGUACCGGAAAUUACAUAAACGCGUUUUUUGAAAUAGCCUCGAGGAUGUAGUAGGUAUUUUUUUUAUCGAAACAUAAUUAAUUGUUGUUUAUAACUGGGUGCAAUAAAAAAUAUACUCUUUUACAUUGACCCAUUGCUGUUUAUGCAAUUUCUAUCGUUAGUUGUACACGAAACAUAAACUUUUUUUAGGGUGUCGACUAAAACUAAAACAAACUUUACAAAUUUUACAAAUAGUUGAAAAUAUUGAAGCCGUUAUUAAAGAAAUCUACGCGCAUAAUACGAACAUCACAUAAUCUGUCGAUACCCGUAUGAAAGGCUACUUUUGUUAUUGCUGUUACACAAAAAACCAUGUGAAUCAGAAAUGUUCAAUUUUAAAUUGCUAAAUUAAUAGUUAUAUAACUUCUGCGAUCGUAUUUUGCUUUUGGGAAUUUUGGAAAACAAAAGAUGACCGGAUGCGGUCUUUUAAUUAGCAUAUUAUCACUUACUGGAUAAAUAUUUCGAAAAUAUAUAAAUUUUAAGAUUUUAGGGGAACGUGCCCAAAAGCAAAAUACGUUGCGGGAUGCCCAUUUUUUUUUUGUAAAAAAUCAGGGUUGGCGGUGGGUAAUGGUAAUACUAUUUUGGUUUUAAACUCAACCGAUUAAAAGUUUAAGAAAUGUUUAAAACAUAUUUCUAAUGUACCUUUAAAAGAUUGUACAUUUUUUUCUUUUUAUUAUUUAUUAGACUACUACUGGUGAAAAUUUUAGUGUAGAUGUUGCUAACAUUAUUUUUUUGUUUAUAUAUUUUAUUUCUGUUGCAAAUAUUAGAUUUUUGUUAAUAUUUUUGUUAUAGCAUGAUUUUCGCGGUACGAUAUUUUUGUAUUACGGCGUCGUUAGGUAUAAUAUCAGUUCGUGUGGCAGGUUUUGAUUAUUACAGGUAAUAAAGUGCAAGUCGAACACUUAUAACAAAAAUAUUUUCAAAUUAUUGUUCCCGGCACCAGUAGAAAUUAUAUAUAUUUUUUUGUAU